CAAGCUUGGCUGUACAAUCAAAUAAAGCCACCCAAACUCCCCUCUCCAUACCUCUCAACUCUAAAGCCUCACAAUGGCAUUCAAAGCAAUGCAAAUAUUUCCAUUUCUCUUAUAUCUACUCUGCAUCUGCUUCCACGCUUCCUACGGAGACGAUAAUGGCGGCUGGCAAAGUGCCCAUGCCACCUUUUACUGUGGCGCCGAUGCAUCAGGCACAAUGGGGGGAGCUUGCGGAUACGGAAACCUGUACAGCCAGGGGUACGGGACAAGCACAGCAGCUCUAAGCACGGUACUCUUUAACAGUGGUCAGAGCUGCGGCGCGUGCUACGAGUUGCGGUCAAUGACGAUCCUCAAUGGUGCAUUUCCCGCACCAUUACUGUCACGGCCACCGACUUCUGCCCACCUAACCUUGCUCUUUCCAAUGACAAUGGCGGCUGGUGCAAUCCCCCUCGAGAGCACUUCGAUCUGGCUGAGCCCGCUUUCCUGCAGAUUGCUCAGUAUCGGGCUGGAAUUGUCCCCGUCCUCUUUAGAAGCAGAACCGUAUCAAGAGGGAUUCAAAAUUCCCCACCUGGAGACAUAUGAUGGCUCGGGCGAUCCGGAUGAACAUCUACACACUUAUCAGGCCAUCAUGAGGAUCCAAAAUGCAAAUGAUGCCAUGAUGUGCAAAGUGUUCCCUGCAACACUGAAAUCAACAGCCAGAAGAUGGUAUCACAAGCUCCCCAGACAUUCUAUAGAUUCAUACUCUCAGCUCGCCAAGCUAUUCUCCAACAAAUUCGCGAGCCAAAGAGAGAUCAAACGCACGGCAACCGAGCUGAUGCAAGUUAAUCAAAAGGAAGGGGAAUCUCUAAGAGAUUACAUGCAGCGAUUCAACAAAGCCACUCUGGACAUUGACAACGUCCUAGACACCAUCUGUCUAUCAGCAUUGUUGCAUGGGUUGAAGUGCGGUCGGUUUCUAAACGACCUGCUAGAGAACCCACCCAGGACUUGGAAUGAAGUGAAUGACAGGUCGGCUAGCUUCAUAUUAUCAGAAGACUUCCAGUCGUCCAAGCGACGAGCUGACGAUAAGCAAAGCAAAAGCCAGGAGCAGCCACCGAGAAGGGAAGAAAAGAAGAAACAGAAAGUUGGCGAACAGUGGGGGAAGCCUGCUGACUUCCCAAAAUAUGCCAACUACAUUCUUUUAACCCUGCCAAGGUCUCAAAUCCUUGCACAAAUCCAACACUGGGUUAGGAGACCCCCGCCUCCGUUGCACGAUUCCCCAAGAGCAGAUAAGAGCAAACAUUGUGACUACCAUCGUGUGUAUGGCCACAAUACUGAAGACUGCCAACACUUGAAAGACGAGCUGGAGUAUCUGACUCGCAAUGGAAAGCUAGAAGCAUAUCUCGGCGGGGCGCAGAAUGUAUAUCAGGAUAGCCAAUAUCCUUCUAAUCAAGGGAGAGCAUACAGAGGGCGUUCGUUCAACAGGAGGGGACAAGGGCAAAGAGCUGCUGCCCAGAACCAAAAAGAUAAGAAAGAGGUAGGCUAUGCUGGGAUACCCCCACCCUCAGGUACAAUAAACAUGAUAUCAAGAGGUGUUCACUCUGGGGGCCAAAGCGCCCGAGCCCGCAAGGCAUACGCCAGGCAGGUGAUGACUGUCAAAAAAAACAAACCUUUGAAACGGCCGUUUGAGGAAGCAGAAUGGGAAAAUAUGCCCAUCACAUUCCGCCCGACAGAUUACAAGCGAGCAGAAGCAGAGCCUGACAUUAUGAUGCCUCAUGCCAAUCCCUUUGUGGCGACAAUUCAUAUAGGCAAUCAUAAUGUCAAUAAGGUGUUUAUUGACACUGGCAGUUCGCCAGAUAUCCUAUACUGGGGUUGCUUCCAGAAGAUGAAGCUAAAUCUGAGCUCGAUGCAGAAGCACGAAGGGCCAAUAUACGGGUUUGAUAAUCAACCCGUCUCGGUUGAGGGAGUUAUCACUCUUCCUAUAUAUGUGGGCUUAGAACCACGCUUCAGAAUGGCUUCCGUCACCUUCCUGGUCGUUAAAAUGGAAUCAGCUUUCAAUGCUAUAUUAGGAAGAGCCACUCUGUGCGAGCUGAAGGCUGUCAUCUCGCAACCCCAUCUCUGCAUGAAAUUCCCAACUCCUCAGGGGGUAGGAGUGCUGAAGAGGAAUCAAAAGAUGGCUAGAGCCUGUUAUCAAGACACAUUUAAGAAGGUCGAGCUCGCCGCGGCCCUAACAUGCGCUGAAGGCCGCAAGCCAACCCAGCUCGCUCAGCAAACAAUGAGCAUUUCAGACAUUGAACACCGACCUGAGUGUGUCGAGCAGAAAGCAGAACCAGUAGAGCCGGUAGAAACGGUCCCUCUGAAUCCUGCUGUGCCAGAGAGAACGGUCAAGAUUGGCACCAAACUCACAGAGGAGGAAUGGGCAGCGCUCCUGGAGUUUUUGAGGGACAAUCAAGACGUGUUUGUGUGGACUACGGACGAAAUGUCGGGCAUCCCCGCAGAGUUGACAGUCCACAAGCUAAGCACGGACCCCACUAAAAGGCCAGUGGUGCAAAAACGUCGCCUUUUUGGCCCCGAGAAACAAGCUGCAAUUGACGAAGAGAUACAAAAGCUGCAACAAGUAGGUUUCAUCAGAAGAGUAAAGUACUCUGAGUGGGUAUCUAACCCCGUGCUCGUUAAAAAGCCAAAUGGCAAGUGGAGGAUGUGUAUUGAUUUCACCAACCUCAAUGACGCAUGUUCAAAAGACCCUCAUCCGUUACCAAAUGUCGAGAAGUUGGUAGAACGGGCAGCUGGGCAUGAACGGAUGAGUUUUCUAGACGCCAGAUCAGGUUACCACCAGGUCCAACUGUUGUUAGACGACCAAGAAAAAACAGCUUUUUACGCUGGUGACGCAAUAUACUGCUAUGUCAUGAUGCCGUUUGGCCUCAAAAAUGCUGGAGCAACAUACCAUAAGCUGAUGCAAAUCAUCUUUAAGCUCCAGAUCGGCAGAAACAUAGAAGUGUAUGUAGAUGACAUGAUAGUCACCAGCGUGCGAGCAGAGGAUCACAUCGACGACCUGGAUGAAACGUUUCAAAACUUGUGUCGAGCCCAAAUGAAGUUGAAUCCCUUGAAUUGCAUGUUUGUUGUAGAAUUAGGGAAAUUCCUAGGGUACGUGGUAUCCAAGAAAGGAAUCGAAGUAAAUCCAGAGAAGGUCCAGGCCAUUCAGCAAAUGGAGCCUCCCAAGAUUGUAAAAGAUGUACAGUGUCUAACGGGUCGGGUAGCUGCGUUGCACAGGUUCAUAGCCAGAUCGGCAGAAAGGUGCCUUCCGUUCUUCAAAGCUCUGCGGGAGCCUAAAAACUUUCAGUGGACUGGUGAAUGUCAACAGGCGUUUGAUGAGCUCAAACAGUAUUUGGCAUCUGCACCCCUGCUGUCCAAGCCGAUCAACGAGGAAUGUUUAUAUCUUUAUCUGGGGGUCACAGAAGAAGCGGUGAGUUCAAUGCUACUGAAGGAAGAGAAUAAGAGUCAAAAGCCUGUCUGCUAUGUGAGCAAGGUGUUACAAGGUGCCGAGCAGAAUUACCCAUUAGCAGAGAAGGCUGCUUUUGCCUUAGUUUACACGGCUCGUAAGUUGAGAGCUUACUUCCAAUCACAUCAGAUUGUUGUCUAUACCGAUCUGCCGUUGAGAAAAAUACUGCAGAAACAUGAACUCUUUGGUCGGCUUAUUGGAUGGAGCGUCGAGCUAAGUGAAUAUGACCUGAAAUUUCGGCCGCGCACAACCAUAAAGGGCCAAGUCGUUGCGGACUUUCUGGUGGAGUGCACCUCAGUAGCUAAUGAAGAAAAAGCACCCAAACACCCAGUUUGGGUUUUGUAUGUUGAUGGAGCAGCUAACACGGAAGGGUCGUGUGCUGGAGCUGUCUUACUGGGCCCAGAUGGCUUUAAAUUUGAGCACGCGCUGAGGUUUAAAUUUCAGACGACCAAUAAUGCUGCGGAGUAUGAAGCCCUCAUUUACGGACUAAAGCUGGUGUCCGAGCUGAAAGUACAAAGCAUUCAGGUUUUCAGCGACUCGAAACUCGUAGUGGGCCAGGUGAAUGGCAGCUGCGACAUCAGAGAUCCCCAACUCAGUUGUUAUGCCUCUGUGGUUAACAGAUUGAAAUCGAUAUUUGCCCUUUUCCAAAUUGAUAAAAUACCAAGAGCAGACAACCACCGAGCUGACAAGUUGUCAAAGUUGGCCUCCUCGCAGGACAUUAACCCUCAGAGAUCAACAAUUGUCGAGAUACUCGACGCGCCGAGCUACACUAAUUUCACGUCCGCUGCAAAAGUGAUUAAACGCAGGGCGGCACAUUUCACUGUGUUGGAUAACCAGCUCUACAAGCGAGCAGCCUCAAUGCCCCUAUUACGCUGCCUUAUUCCUUAUGAAGCCGAAUACGCCGUGAGAGAAAUUCACGAAGAAGUAUGUGGCACGCACAUCGGUGGCAGAACUUUAGCUCGGAAACUCCUGAGGCACGGUAUCCGAGCUCGUUCUAAAGUUUAUGCAAACUUAGUGACCAUCUAUGAACUGAGCGUAAGUAUCUUUGUUAAAAUAGGACAAAUGCUCUCAUCACUUACGUCUCCUUGGCCCUUUGCUCAAUGGGGUGUUGGCCUGCUCGGCCCUUUCAUCAAAGGCAAAGGAGGCUGCAUUUUCCUGGUCGUUGCAGUGGAUUACUUCACUAAGUGGAUAGAAGCCAAACCACUGUCCACGACAAUGGAAAGAAAAAUAGAAGAGUUCUUGUUCAAUUCAAUUUUGUGCAGGUUCGGCAUACCUAAGCGGAUUAUCGUCGACAAUGGGCCACAGUUCCGAGCAGCAGCACUGAGAUCGUUUUGUAACGACUAUGGCAUUGAGCUCGCUUUGACAUCCGUGUACACUCCACAGUCCAAUGGGCAAGCCGAGUCUGCCAAUAAAAUCAUCUUGCGGGGACUCAAGACGCGUGUUUUGGCUGCACAUACUAAUUGGGUUGACGAGCUCAAUAAAGUGCUGUGGUCAUGUCGUACUACACCCAGCUCGGCCACAGGCGAAACCCCGUUCAGUCUGGCCUAUGGAGUUGAGGCUGUUAUCCUUGUCGAGGUCGGAUUGCCAUCCGAUAGAUCAGAUCGUCAUGAUGAUCAGAAUAAUGAACAACUCUUAAGAGAAAACCUAGACCUUGUGGAAGAAAUCAGGGAGAUGUCCCGAAUAAGAAACAUGGCACAUCAAAAUCGUGUUGCAAAAUUUUACAAUAAAAGAGUUCGAGCUCGCCAGUUUCAAGUCGGCGAUCUGGUCCUACGUAAAGCUGGGCUAACUAACACCCAUUCAUAUAUGGGCAAGCUCGCUCCUAAUUGGGAAGGCCCCUAUAUGGUUGUUCAAGUUAAACGACCUGGCUCUUACGUAUUAGCAGAUAUACAGGGACGUCAUUUGCCUUACAUUUGGAACGUACAGAAUCUAAGAAAAUUUUACAGUUAAACUGUAUACUACUCUUUUAUUCAAGUUGUUAUUCGACAGUUGUAAACAAUGAUAUACUGAAAAUACAACAGAAAUUCAGAG